GCCUCGCCCGGCGUCCCCGCCAGCGGUCCUGCCGGAAGAUGGUCAACGACCGGUGGAAGACCAUGGGCGGCGCUUCUCAACUUGAGGACCGGCCGCGCGACAAGCCGCAGCGGCCGGGCUGCGGCUACGUGCUGUGUACCGUGCUGCUGUCCCUCGCGGUGCUGCUGGCCGUGGCGGUCACCGGCGCCGUGCUGCUCCUGAACCACGCCCACGUGCCCGGCACGGCGCCCCCGCCCGUCGUCAGCACCGGGCCGGCAGGGGCCAACAGCGCCCUGGUCACCGUGGACAGGGCCGACAGCUCACGCCUCAGCAUCCUCAUUGACCCGCGGUGCCCUGACCUCGCCGACGGCUUCGCCCGCCUGGAGGGCGCCCAGGCCUCUGUGCUGCAGGCGCUGAGCCAGCGCCAGGCCGAGCCACGGCUGCCGGGCGAGCAGGAGCAGGAGCUGCUGGACACGCUGGCGGACCAGCUCCCUCGGCUGCUGGCCCGGGCCUCGGAGCUGCAGGCCGAGUGCGCCGGGCUGCGGAAGGGGCACGGCGCCCUGGGCCAGGAGCUCAGCGCCCUGCAGAGUGAGCAGGGCCGCCUCAUCCAGCUUCUCUCUGAGAGCCAAGGCCACAUGGCUCACCUGGUGAACUCUGUCAGCGAUGUCCUGGACGCCCUGCAGAGGGACCGGGCGCUGGGCCGAUCCCAUGUCAAGGCUGACCUUCAGAGGGCACCUGCGAGGGGAUCACGACCCCGCGGCUGUGCCAAUGGCUCUCGGCCACGUGACUGUCUGGACGUCCUCCUGAGCGGACAGCAGGAGGACGGCGUUUACUCCGUCUUCCCCACACACGACCCCGCCGGCUUCCAGGUCUACUGUGACAUGCGCACAGACGGAGGUGGCUGGACGGUGUUUCAGCGACGGGAGGACGGCUCCGUAAACUUUUUCCGAGGCUGGGAGGCGUACCGCGACGGCUUCGGCAAGCUCACAGGGGAGCACUGGCUAGGGCUCAAGAGGAUCCACGCCCUGACCACUCAGGCGGCCUACGAGCUACACGUGGACCUAGAAGACUUUGACAAUGGCACAGCCUAUGCCCACUAUGGGAGCUUUGGCGUGGGGCUGUUCUCUGUGGACCCUGAGGAAGAUGGAUACCCGCUCACCGUGGCUGACUACUCGGGCACGGCAGGGGACUCCCUCCUGAAGCACAGCGGCAUGAAGUUCACCACCAAGGACCGCGACAGCGACCACUCAGAGAACAACUGUGCCGCCUUCUACCGCGGCGCCUGGUGGUACCGCAACUGCCACACGUCCAACCUCAACGGGCAGUACCUGCGCGGCGCACACGCCUCCUACGCCGACGGCGUCGAGUGGUCCUCCUGGACUGGCUGGCAGUACUCACUCAAGUUCUCGGAGAUGAAGAUCCGGCCGGUCCGUGAGGACCGCUAGACCGGCGCGCUCCG